UGCUGCUAUUGGACGAUGGAGGGCCAAUGUCUUCCACAUUGCCAGAUGCUGCCUGUCUUUCCGAGAGCAUGGAGUCGUAAGUAGGUUACCCAUCUUCUGCCACCUAGUCCACGACGUGGCCUUCCACUGAGAGACGGUUAAAACAACAUGGCGGCGCCCCACUACAGGCUGCACUGCCUCUUGAAACGCGCUCAGAUGCUGCUGCUCUGCCUUGGCAUCGCCUACCUGAUGGCGGGCAGCAUCCUGCUCCUGCAGCGCUCCAGUGUCAGGGUGGCCCAGCCCACUCAAGGCUUGCCGCCCCUGCUGGCCCUCGCCGCGCCCCCCACCGCCCUCAGGGUCGCUCAGGGCCUGGGGGUGAGGCGCUCCAGAUGGGCUGCCGCCGCCGUUCAGCCGGCGUCCGGAGGGGGAACCAAGGCGGGGCGGCACUGGCACGCUUCCCAAAGCCUGGGGGUGCAACACUUGCAUCGCCGCUGGUUUCACAGUCUGCUGCCAGAGAGCCCCGAGCAGAAAGUCCCUCUCCACAGGAGCAGCAGACAUAAAGGAACCUACAUGGGCUGCUUCCUGCACAAUACCAGUGACCGUGCGCUGGGAGGAACCAUGCUUUAUGACCUGCGCAAAAUGACCAGUUCUCUGUGUCAAGACACCUGCUCGGAAAGCGGGUACCAGUUUGCCGGUCUGGAGUUCGGAGCCGAAUGCCACUGCGGGAACCGGAUCAGUAGCACACGGGCUCCCGAGGAGGACUGCGGUCUGGUGUGUCGUGGCGAGAGGGGCUCUCCCUGCGGAGGCGUGGGCCGACUCUCCAUUUACAAGGUGGAGGAGCAGCUGCCAGGUCACAGAAAAUUCAGAAAUGUUCACUAUCACGGUUGCUUCAAGUUGACAAAGAGCGCCAUCGGCACCUUCCCCAUCGACUCUUUUCAGCCCAACCUAACCACGCAGUCCUGCAUCGAGACCUGCACAGACAAGGAGCUCCCGCUGGCUGUGUUCAAGACGCCCCACUGUUUCUGCACGUGGACGUCGUCUAUUUUCAGUCUCGACCAGCAGUCUGACAACCAGCAGUGUGUGGAGGACACCAGGCUGAAUCACACCUGCAACUCCACAGCCACGGCGCCCACUGAGCAUGCCCACUACCAGGUGUAUCACACACCCGUGCUUGACUCCAUGUGCAAAGAGAGGAUGUUUCUGCCUCAGAGAUCCAUCUCCCUGGUGGCCCUUUCUAGUUUUCCUGGUGCGGGCAACACCUGGGUGCGACACCUGAUCGAGCUGGUGACAGGCUACUACACUGGCAGCUUCUAUUUCGACGGCACGCUCUACAACAGAGGUUUUAAAGGGGAGAAGGACUACUGGAAGAGCGGCCGCAGCAUCUGCGUGAAGACCCACGAGAGCGGUCAGAAGGAGAUUGAGAUCUUCGAUUCUGCUAUCCUGCUGAUUAGAAAUCCGUACCGCUCCCUGGUGGCUGAAUACAACCGCAAGUGUGCCGGACAUUUAGGGCAUGCCACGGAUGCACAGUGGAAAAGCAAAGAAUGGCCAGAAUUUGUCUCCAGCUACGCUCCCUGGUGGGCGUCCCACGCUCUGAGCUGGCUGAGGUUCGGACGGCGCCUGCUGGUGGUGCAUUACGAGGAGCUGCAGAGGGCCCUUCUCCCUCAGCUCCGCGUCAUCACAGCCUUCCUGAACGCCACCAUGACGGAGGAGAGGCUGCUUUGCGCACAGAGCAACCAGGACGGCCAUUUCAAACGCUCAGGGGCCCAACGGCCCUCCUUUGACCCGUUCACUCCCGACAUGAGACAGAUGAUCGAGCCCCUCAUUCAUUCUGUCAGCGAGGCACUGCAGAACAGGAACUUUAGCGGACUUCCGCAGGAGUACCUUCCCAGAUGA